AUACCAAGCCACGCGUGCUCAAAUCGCCAGAGCUUUCGUGCCGUACGGCCUCGAUAAGACGACUCCGUUGUGUCGUUUCGAACGGCAAGUGGAACAUCAUCGCUUGGCGAAGAAGCACGAGUCUCUGUUGCUGCAUAUCUGAAGGCAAAUAAUCGUGCCCACACUUGGUUCGGGCGCUACCGAAAGAGGCGAAGAGAUGAGAGUCGCGCCGAUGAAACGGGAGAUGCCCAGUAUCUGCUUACGCUUACGUGUUGGACAGAGGGAGCUUCCCAUCAGAAGGAGGGUCGGGAGAGGGAUACAACUGCACGAUGCGGAGAGCAUGGAAUGAGGCAGCAAGGCAGCUUGUCAGUCAAACUGCGAUCGCCUCUACUCUGUACAGUGCAGAAACACACGGGCCGGCUGACGCAGGAACCUUCAAGAAUGCGGACGAAAAGUUGGACUCCGGAACCUUGGGACGAGCCCUUGAAGAGCGUAGCCAAGAGCGAUGAGUCGGCGGAGAAAAAGGAGGAGGCAGCGGAUGCCGGAAGUUCUGCGCAUGCCGCGCCCUCUGCCGGCCCCGACGGUGGCCUAAGCUGGUUCAUCGCUGCGCUCUGCUUCCUGGUGAACCUGCUGUUCUCCUCCUUCUUCCGCUGCGGCGGUCUCUUCUUCACCUCAAUCAUGACCACGUAUGAGGCAACACGCGGCUAUGCUUCUCUUCCGUUGAGCAUGUACAGCGGAUUCACCAACCUAUCCGGUCUCAUUGCGGGGCCACUAAUCCACUGGUUUGGCGUGCGGGCGGCGGCCGUGCUGGGCGGCUUCGUGAUGGCCACGGGCUGCAUGAUUUCCUACUUUGCUACCGGCAUACCUUUCCUCGUCGGUUCCCUGGGAGUUCUUGCUGGUUCCGGUCAUGGAAUACUCUACGGCUGCGUCAUCGUCGCCAUCAACGAGUACUUCGACAAACGGCGUGGUGUAGCUUUGGGCAUCAACUUGACUGGUGCAACGGCAGCGUCCUUCGUCUUUCCAAGUAUUUUCGACCUGCUCCUGUCAGAAUAUGGCUUGCAUGGAACUCUGGCUAUUACAGGAGCCCUGUUACUCAACAUUCCCGUGCUAGGCUUCCUUUUUCGGAAACCACCGUGGCAGGAAUCGGUGAUUGAUACAAGCGAGGCAGUUAAAAAGGGUGCGCAGAAAUUUAGCGCUGAACAGAUCACAACAUGUUCUCUCAAGAAUCUCCACGCCGAAGAUGGAAAGCCGUCCACUGUAGUUGCCCGUCACACUACGGUGUUGAACCGCAGAGGGAUACUUGUGGCGGUACCGGACGAGGAGGCAAUAACUCAGAAGAGACUUACCUUAUGUAGUCAGCCGGAAGGUUUGACUAACAGAAACCCCACGGUCGAAAAUGCCCUUCAUGACACAACUACUGAAGAUGAAAUGAACAUGGCGUGGUCGAGGAGAGGGACGCUUUUGAGCGUUGCUGGCUCCUUGCUUGAAGAGGAGAAAACCUUGUCUUCGAGGCGAGGAACACUUAUAAGCCUAACACGAAAGGGUUCUACCAUCGGCGAUCUCGACCUUAGAAAAAUCGCCCUUCUUCAAGAGGCGGUAGAACACUUGACUACUAUAAACACAGCUCCAACUGCGUGCGAGGAAAACGCAGCAUUCCUCGAAAGCGCGCCGAUCACAGAAGAGAGGUCUAGGGUUGGAAGCGAGCCGAGUUUUGUGGGAGAAUAUGGUGGUGCCGGUCGCGCCGUCGCUUCAAGGCGUAGCACGGUCACAAGCCUGGCAUCUCGAUGCCAGAUAGAACUGCCCUGCAAGACGGACGAGCCUAUCCGCAUACUCAUCCAUGCAGAGCAAGACCGCUCAUCGGAUUCGGCUCUCAUUAGCGCCAAAGAAGUCUUGCGACUACCACGUUUCUACUGCCACAUGUUGAGCUAUUUCUCUUACGUCUUCUUCCUGGACACAUUCCUUGCGGUCGCAGUUGACUAUGCUGUCGACGUCGGUAUUGACAGUGUGAGUGCCGUGUUCGUGCUCACCUUCUUUUCGGUGACAGACACCAUUGGCCGGCUAUUCGUUCCCUUGCUCACGGACUAUAAGCUCGUGUCACCGCUUAGCCUGAUGUGCCUGUCGUACCUGGCGAUGGCUGUCAUAGCGCACUCGAUGCCCUACGCGCAGAACCUAGUCCCAUUCUGGACGUGCAUGAUUACCCUGGGAUUACCCGUCGGCUACAUACUGGUGGCUGUCUCCGAAGCCAUUGCCGUAGAAGUUGGCCUUCGCAACUUACCCAUCGCAUACGGCUUUGUGGCUGGAUUGACUGGUGUCGGAGCCUUCUUUAGGCCAGUGGUCAUAGGUUUCUUCCGCGAUAGGUACGGAUCAUACGACGGCCUUUUCCGAACGAUGGGAUCGAUGGUGCUAUGCUCUUUCCUGCUCACUGCUCCACUCUGGGUCCUGGAUCGACGGAGGACAUCGUUACCAGCCACCAGCAAAGCCAUGGACUCGGACGACAUCGUCACUGAUGUUGCCUCCGCUCCGUCUGCAGACCACCAUUCGUAACGAGUGAACCAUGAUUGCACAUGAAUAACGACGAUGAGUGCACGGAGCAUAGUGCCUUGUAAAAUACAAGCGCAUUCGAGCACGGCACUCAGGUUCUCCGAAAUGGGAGUAGGCGAGCAGCAGUGCGAGGACACGUCCCCACCGGCACCAUCGAAAUGAGGCGGGAAACAGCUCCGCCCUCCCUCACCAUGUGUUGAGGACAGAAUCUAUUCUUCUAAUAUAGCAAAUUAUAAUAAGAGCGCUUUUCAUAAUAACGAAAACGUAUAUGUGUAGCCCAAAUAAACGAGUCAGCUCAUACACCCCCCCCCCCCCCCCCUCCACUUACCUUACUUACCUUUCGUCAGGAGCACAGGCUGCUGAGUUUUUUAGCACAGGAUGCCAAUCACUGGUCAAGUGAGUUUUUUUUUCACUCGCUCCAUCUGGCCGAAGGAAGUCAGGCUGAUAAUCGCUGACCACUUAACAGGCGGAACAUUCCAGCUAGUGCAACACUCUAAGAACA